AACAUAUGUCAAAACAUCCCGGGCUCAGCUAUACAUUUGAUGUCAGUUUUGCGUCGUUUCUCUAGUUCUGUAAUUUUAUUAUCGUUAGGGCGUAAGUUUAAAGCCCGGCAAUAGCGCCAAUUACACCUCAGAGUGUCAAACAUCCAACCCCCGCGGAAACAAUCAGGUUAUGUUUACGUCUUGCUAAUUUCGAUUUCAGUUGCAAACCAUGUUCGGCAGUUCGACUUUAGGCGGAGCGACGAGCUUCGGCCAGACGACAGCCGCAGCCACCCCGAACCCAAUGAAGGAUUAUGAAGUCGUCUCGCCCCCGGAGGACUCUGUCUCGUCCUUGGAGUUCAGUCCGUCCACACUUCCCCAGAACUACAUCGUGGCCGGCAGCUGGGACAGCAGCGUUCGCUGCUGGGAAGUUGAGCAGAGCGGCAAGACCAUCCCCAAAUCGAUCAAAACCAUGGGCGGCCCCGUCUUGGACGUCUGCUGGUCCGACGACGGAACAAAGGUUUUCAUUGCGUCUUGCGAUAAACAGGUCAAAUGCUGGGAUCUGGCGUCGGACCAGGUGGUGCAGGUCGCGGCACACGAUGCGCCGGUGAAGACCUGCCACUGGAUCAAAGGGUUGAACUACACAUGCCUCAUGACUGGGUCGUGGGACAAAACUUUGAAGUUCUGGGACAUUCGCUCGCCAAAUCCCAUGAUGACAAUCAAUUUGCCGGAAAGGUGUUACUGCGCCGACGUCGACUACCCUCUGGCCGUGGUGGGAACUGCGGGUCGAGGUCUCAUUGCUUACACCCUCGAAGGGACCCCGAAAGAGUUCAAGAGGAACGAGAGCCCAUUGAAGUACCAACACCGAGCGAUAUCCAUUUUCAAAGACAAGAAAAACGCGCCAACAGGGUACGCCCUCGGCAGCAUCGAAGGCCGCGUUGCUAUCCAAUACGUGAAUCCCGUCAGCCCGAAAGACAAUUUCACAUUCAAAUGCCAUCGACUCACACUCAACGGGGCCGCCGGCUACCAGGACAUCUACGCCGUGAACGACAUCGCCUUCCACCCCGUGCACGGCACGCUCGCGACCGUCGGGUCGGACGGCACGUUCAGCUUCUGGGACAAGGACGCACGGACCAAGCUCAAGUCGUCGGAGACCAUGGACCAGCCAAUCACCAAAUGUUGCUUCAACGCCACCGGCCAGAUCUUCGCCUACGCCGUGGGCUAUGAUUGGUCGAAGGGGCACGAGUACUUCAAUCCAGCCAAGAAACCAGCCAUCUUCCUGCGGUCGUGCUACGAAGAGCUCAAGCCGCGCAGCACGUAAGGCGCCGCCUCUCAUUUGUUUACGUUUAAGGAAAAUACAAGAUUCCCAUUAAAUUUA